AUGGGUGACCCGGGCAGAAGCUUCAGCACCCAAAUUCACCACGACUUCCAAGGCAAAUGGGGCAUCAAGCGCCGCCGCAGUCGAGCACUGAGCUUCAGACUCCCCGAUCGCUUCGACAUCGGGACUACUCUGAGUGAGUACUGGGCUGGCCUGGCCAUUGAAGAAGAAAGUGAUGGAGCACUCAAGGUUGGGAUUGCAAUCCAUGACGGAACGUAUGGCAUCGACUUCGCUGUCCACCGUAUAUCCCUGGACCCCGAGGAAGAGCGAGAGGGGAGCGGAGAUGGAGAUUGGAUUGCAGACCAUGUCGUUGAGGAGCUAUCCAACUACAGGAGGCAACACGAGUGCAAAAUUCUUGGUGUCGGCGUCAUUGGCGACAUUCACGCGAAGAGCCCAAAUUUGUGCUCGAGGCUGUGGUCCGAGUUGGACAUUGUACCCAUGUUGGUCACGUCCAACCCACUUGUCCAAGCUGGCAACCCGCGGGCAAGAGCUCAACGAGUGGACGAGGUUGCCGACUCGGCAGCAAGGAAGUGUCUUGCGCUAUAUGCUCCAACGAAGCAACCGCGUUUGUCGAUUAGCUUCCAGAACCAGGUCGAAGUCGAUCUAGGUGGAACUAUUCAGCUCACCACCAUCGACGACUACAAAGCAUCCGUCCGGGAGCCAACCUGGCGCGCUGUGCAGAAACACAUCAAAGAUGUGGUCGACCGCAAACUCAGAGUUGUUUUCUUCAGCGCGACACCUCAGGGAGGCGGAGUUGCCUUGAUGCGGCACGCUUUGCUCCGAUUCCUGAGACUCUACAAUGUGAAUGUCGAGUGGUUUGUGCCCAAACCCAGACCCGACGUUUUCCGAAUCACCAAAACAAACCACAAUAUCCUGCAGGGCGCCGUGCCUCCCGAAAUCCGAGCAACGGACGAGCAGUUGAUCAAGAUCAAAGAGUGGAUCGUUGACAAUGCGGAACGAUAUUGGCUCGGCGAAGGAGGACCACUUCUUGCGCCCAAGGAUGGGGGUGCAGAUGUCAUCAUCAUCGACGACCCCCAAAUGCCUGAGCUCAUCCCCAUUGCCAAAAAGAUGGCGCCAGACCGACCGAUCAUCUUCCGGUGCCAUAUCGAAGUCAGAGACGAUCUAGUACUUGAGAACGGAAGUGCCGCACAGCAUGUUUGGCGCAAUAUGUGGUCAAGCAUUCAACACGCCGACGUCUUUCUGAGCCAUCCGGUUCGGUCAUUUGUUCCCCCUGAUGUUCGCAAAGAGACCUUGGGUUGGCUGCCGGCAACCACAGACUGGCUCGACGGUCUCAACAAGCACAUGGACGACUGGGAUUUGCAAUAUUACUUGCACGUUCUCCGGCAGGUCUGUCAGGCUCAAAGCCUUCCGCAGCUUGCAUACCCAGCACGGGGAUACUUCACACAAGUUGCGCGGUUUGACCCUUCCAAGGGAAUUCCCGACGUUAUCAGGAGCUACGCCAAAUUCCGCAAUAUGGUGCAAGACAGACCUCUGGAGCAAAUCCACCAGUUGGUGCUCUGUGGACAUGGUUCUGUGGACGACCCCGACGCGACGCUGAUCUACGAGCAGACCAUGGACUUGAUUCUCACCGAGUUUCCCGACUUGGUCGAAGAUAUCAUUGUCGUGCGCCUGGGGCCCAGUGAUCAGAUCUUGAACGCCAUCAUGUCACUUUGCACUGUCGCUCUCCAGCUAUCAACCCGCGAAGGAUUCGAGGUCAAGGUGUCGGAGGCCUUGCACAAGGGAAAACCAAUCAUUGCGACCCUCGCUGGAGGCAUCCCACUUCAAGUCGAAGACGGCAAGAGCGGUUACCUUGUCCAACGUGGCGAUCACGAAGCUGUUGCGAAGCAUCUAUACAAUCUGGUAAAUGACAGGGAACUGUACGGUCGCAUGAGCGAAUACGCGCGGACACAUGUCAGUGACGAAGUGCACACGGUUGGGAAUGCCCUCAGCUGGAUGUACCUCGCUUCAAGCGUUGCGGGCGGAAAGUCAUUCCAACCAAACGAGAGAUGGAUCAACGAUUUGGCCCGGGAAGCAGCUGGAGAGCCAUACAAAGAUGACGAGCCGCAGCUACCACGACACCUCUCCACCUGA